UGAUCUGAUUGCUGUUAAAUUCUCCAUUCUGAUUGGUCAGAAGGUGUUAAUUAAUUUUCUUUACCAGCAGCUCUGACUGUAGUGCCUUCUGUAAAACAAAUCUCAGGUUUAUAUAUGAAUGUGCUCUAACAACUUAUCGUAACUUACAGCGGGGACUUGUAUAUUCAGAUAAAACAGUCUGCAAUUCAUGUUUGUCGAACACGAGUACAGCUAAAAGGUCUCAUUUUCAUCACUGCGAAAGAGAGAUUUUGUGCAAUUGCAAUUUUUCGAAUUCAGGUAAUUUUCAGCAAAAAAAAAAAAAAAUUCCAAAAAAAACUCUCCAAGUUGCAUCGCAAAUUUUUUGACGAAAAAGCCACAGCAUCAAAAAUCGAGCAUUUUUGGCCGCAACAAUCACCAAAAAAACCUCCCUGUAAUCCUGUACAGACUGCUGAUCUAGAGCUGAGACAAAUAGUUUCAUAAGGCCUGAUUUGAUGUGCAGUGGUGGCAUCAGCACCUUCCACCAUUUCGAAGUCUCCAAUGACCUCCCAGCCAUACUCAUCGUAGUUCAAGUCAUCCAGCAAUGUCUUGAUGCUGUUGCAAUGCUCUUUGAGGUAGAAGAGUGAAGAGACAGGGCACUGCAUGGCUUUAUGGCUCCUGGAUGAGCUGUCAUGAAGAGUCAUCACUCAUUCAGGCUACAGGAACCAUAGUGCUGGAGUUGUCCAAGGAGAAGCAUAAUGCGAGUUUAUUAGAUCGGCAGCUCAACCAGUUUCAGACCUCCAUUAACAGGAUCGAGAGUGAGCUCAGCUCUCAGAUCCGCUACCUCACACAGGUGGCGACUGGUCAACCUCAUGAAGGCUCAACAUACUCGGCCCGAAAGGACUGCCAGAUGGCCCUGAACCGUGCAGAAUACGCCCGCGUCAAACUGGGAGAACUAAGACGCACCUGUGAGACGAUGCUCGACCCCCAGACAUGAUGUUAUUCAUAGUCUCGAGAAAAUCUUAUUAAAGCCUUCUGAACCUUGGCUCUGUGAGAAAUCUCACUUUUAAGAUGUACGUAUCUGUCUACAGACUGUCCGAGGGAAAACUUUGACUUUGUUCUGCUUUCUAUGAGGUUAGGUUUUUCUAAUGGAAGCUCUUU